GGUGCAAGUCGUGGAAAACCAUUCGUUUCUCUUAUCUUUUCCCACAUUGCCCACCCUAUAUAAACCCCUCUUCUCUCCAUCAUUCCUCUCCAUCAGAGAGCCCCUUUCGCAUCUCCGCAACAACCGCCUUCUCUGAUCGCCUUCUCCGACGAGUGUUGUAGAAAAUGGCUGACACUGAGGAUAUUCAACCACUUGUCUGUGACAAUGGAACUGGAAUGGUGAAGGCUGGUUUUGCUGGUGAUGAUGCUCCUAGGGCUGUAUUUCCUAGCAUAGUUGGUCGACCUCGCCACACUGGUGUCAUGGUUGGGAUGGGACAGAAAGAUGCUUAUGUGGGUGAUGAGGCCCAGUCCAAAAGAGGUAUUCUCACUUUGAAGUACCCAAUUGAACAUGGGAUUGUCAGCAACUGGGAUGACAUGGAAAAGAUCUGGCAUCACACAUUCUACAAUGAGCUCCGUGUUGCUCCUGAGGAACACCCUGUGCUUCUCACUGAAGCCCCUCUUAACCCCAAGGCAAACAGAGAGAAAAUGACUCAAAUCAUGUUUGAGACUUUCAAUGUGCCUGCAAUGUAUGUUGCUAUUCAGGCCGUUCUAUCCCUCUACGCCAGUGGUCGUACAACAGGUAUUGUGCUCGACUCUGGUGACGGUGUCAGUCAUACCGUUCCAAUUUAUGAAGGCUAUGCCCUCCCCCAUGCCAUACUUCGCUUGGAUCUUGCUGGCCGUGAUCUCACAGAUGCCUUAAUGAAGAUCCUCACCGAGAGAGGCUAUUCAUUUACUACAACAGCUGAGCGGGAAAUUGUGAGAGACAUCAAAGAGAAGCUGGCAUAUAUCGCUCUUGAUUACGAACAAGAGCUUGAGACAGCCAAGAGCAGCUCAUCUGUGGAGAAGAGUUACGAACUUCCUGAUGGGCAGGUAAUUACUAUCGGUGCCGAGAGAUUCAGGUGCCCUGAGGUUCUCUUCCAACCCUCAUUGAUCGGCAUGGAAGCUGCUGGAAUCCAUGAGACAACAUACAACUCUAUCAUGAAGUGUGAUGUGGAUAUCAGAAAAGACCUCUAUGGUAACAUUGUGCUCAGUGGUGGUUCAACUAUGUUCCCCGGCAUUGCUGAUAGAAUGAGCAAGGAAAUCACUGCACUCGCUCCGAGCAGCAUGAAGAUCAAGGUUGUUGCUCCACCUGAGCGUAAAUACAGUGUCUGGAUUGGUGGUUCCAUCCUUGCAUCCCUCAGCACUUUCCAACAGAUGUGGAUUUCGAAAGGUGAAUACGACGAGUCCGGUCCAUCGAUUGUUCAUCGGAAAUGCUUCUGAGGUUUUCCAGCUUGGAGUUAUGUCUAUCUAAAUGGUCUACAAGUGAUUUGAUGCAUGUUUGUUUAGGCCAAAUUGUGAUGUCUCUACUUAAUUGUUUUCAGGGAUAUCACAAACACUUUCCUCUUCUAUUAUUAUGUUCUUCUCUAUGUUUUAUGUUUUCUGAGGCUGAUUGGUGGUGUGAAUUUGUCUGUGUUUUUAUUUUAUAUCAGUGUUCUGGGCUUGUAUCAGAUAUAUUAUGUAAACACUUCAAACAUUUAGACUUGUUAGUAGCUGAUGGUUUGCUAUGUUUCUUUUUUA